AUGACUUCUCGUAAGAGAUCCUCCUACAAAAGGAAAGCAUCUGUUUUGGCUGGACUGGAAGCACUCAAUUCUUUUAAGGUUCCGAAAAAGCAAAAUAAUUUAUCACUUCUUCAAAAUGUUGAUUUAAAUUCUGUGGAUUAUUCAGAAGAAAUUUAUCCUCAAAUUAAUCAGAGUUUUCGUUUUCCUCAACUUUCAUCUUAUUUUGAUGUUGAAAAAGCUUGGUUUAUUCAUAAUAAAACAUUAGAAGACUUAUUUUCUCAAGCUCGUAAAAGAUUUCAAAAAAAUCCUAUCAACAAUAUUGUUACAGGCGUAGAAUCAAGUUUGUGUACUGGUUUUUUGGUGGUUAGUAGUUGGAAUGAUGUUGAAAAAAUCGCUAGUGAUGGUCUUAUUCCUGGUAAUGAUCCAGACACUUGGCUUGGUCAACAAAAGUUAGGUCUAUCAGUAAAUCAGUGUGCAGAUCUAACAAUCGCUCGAGAGCAAAGUCGUUUGUCGUGUAAAAAUAGUAAUCAGUUUCUUUACUUAAUUAUGGUUCGUUGGAUCAAGUCUCGAGCGUAUAUUGUAUCGCCAGAAGCUGAGAAUAGCAAAGAUCGUUUAGAACCUCAACCCGGUUAUGCUUGCCAUGUUUCGACCUGGUCUCGUAUGGACUUAUUAGAUCCGAGUAAAUUAACUUUGGAACAAGCAUUUCAUUUAUCUCAAGUGUAUUUAUACGAAUUUGAUGAAGAUUUAGAAUUACGCACAAAGCUAGAACAUGUAAUUCCCUAUGCUGUUUUAAAAUGUCGUUGGAUGUUGACUUCCGAUGUAGCUUCAAAACUCGAUACAAUCUCUGUAGCUAGUGGUUCCAUUUUGAUUAUUUCACCACAACUAGAUAUCUCAUGUCUUUUGUCUGUAUCACGUACAGCUCUACUGCCGACUCCGCAAAUCCCUCGUAUUCAUAAGAAGUCUUCUCGUGCUCAAUCAUCACAUAAACCUGUAAUGUUGAAUUUUGAUAAUAAAUCAAAAUCCAAAAUUGCUCAUUCUAAUGUGUCAGGAUGUAAAAAUCGUUACAGAUAUAAAACACCUGCACUUCUACCUAGUCCUACUUCACUCAGUAAUAAUAAUAAUAGUGUACUUCAAAGCCCUCCUGUCAAUACUACUAUAUCUACUGUUGGUUCUGUUUCCACUGUCGGGUCAGAUGAUAAUUCAGAUCAAUUAUCAUCUCCGGUACAAAGAUCAAAGCGGCAAGAUUCUGGUGUUUUAAAUAUUUAUAUUGCAAAUGCACGAAAAUUGCAAGCAAAUUGUAAUUUGUUUCAAUUUUCUGAAAGUAUUAACCCUAUUGAUAAUAACACAAUGAGUAAUAUAAGUAGUGCUGGUAGUGGUGGAGCAAUAAAUUAUGAUAAUCGUAAUCAUAAUAAUACAAUUGUUGAUGAAUUACCUUCAACUGUUAUUGGAGUUUCAUUACUUGUAUGGGGCUAUCCAAAACCGGAAUAUUCAUUGGCAGUGGAAAUAUCAACUUUUCGUAAAGGUGAAAUAACUGUAUUCGAUGGCAUACUUCAACCAUGCCUACAUAUACAACGAUUAGUUGCUCAUACAUCUUUACACUAUGAACUUGCUGGUUUACAACCUUGGACAACGAAACCAUUCGAUUUGAAUGGACCUCCAGUCUUAGUCUCUGUCCCACGUGAUCAAGAAUGGUGCCUUCCUCGUUUGAAUCCUGUUAAAGCAUCAUCACUGCAGUCGGAUCCAAGUCCAUUUGGUGGUUAUCGAGGUAAUUAUUUCCGUCUAACAUUGCACGAUGAAUCUGGUGGACGUCGGACAGAAAUGGCACAAUUAUGUCAAGCCUUACAGAAUAGUGCAAUGGCUGGUGUUGUCUCUAUACCUUGUGAUGAAUCUAGUAUCAUGUUUUUAUUCCCUGAAUGCCAAUUUUCCAAGUCAAUAGGUAUACCUAUUGUUGAUAAUUUAGAUAGGAAUUUUCUACAUGCAAUAUUACUUACACCUCAUAGUUUACAUCGAUAUCCAUAUAGUGAAAUGUGUUGUUGUCGAUCAAACAACGAUGUUGUCACCCCUACUUCAAAUAUAUCACCAUUUGCAGUGGCUUCUACUAUACCGAUGGGAACAUCUACAGAUAAAUUAUUUGGACAACGGAAAACAACAUCCAUAUGUACUUCAUCUAUGCAAUUGAAACUUCCAUUAAGUCGUAUUCUCACAACAUUAACUGAUGGUGGUCGAAAUCUUCUUGGUUCAGCUUUAAUAUCAGUAUUAGCUCAUCAAAAUAUUCAUAAUCCACAUUUAGAUCCACGACUUCAUCGUCGUCAAAUUUAUCCAACAGAUGAACCGGAUUUGUAUGCUCUUGCUACUGCGUUAAUCUCAUCAACAUAUCAGAAGAAAACUGAAAAACCAACGGAGGAACAAUCACAGUUAGAAGAACAACAAAAUAAAAUUCAAGAAACUGCUACUACUAUUAAUGAAACUUAUGUGGAUAAUUGUGAUCCUAAAGAUCUAAUUCCUGCACCAUCUAGUCCAGAAGUUGGAUCUGAAUAUCAUUCGGUUUCAUUAAUGGAUGCACAGAUUAUACCGAAAGAGAUUCCGCUUGAUGGGCAGAUUUCUAAUGCGAAUACAGUUGUAAUGAAUCCAAUUAUAGCGUCUAGCCCAUCAAAUUUCGAUUUAUGUCAUAAUUCACCAGUAGUGCAUCAGAAUACAUCUGUUGACAUGGAAAUUGAUAAUAAUGAUCCAUGUGAUCAGUCAUCUCGAUUAGAUAAAAGUGAUAUGGAAAUUGAUCAUCCCUUUGGUCAGCUUGCGAACACCAGUCCGUUAACUCUGAAGUUUCAUGAACCUGCUCCGAGUCCACCGAAAACUACAAACUGGAGUUGUCCGUCACAGCUAUCAAUUUUAGUAAAUGAUUAUAGAAGAGCAUCGUCUCCUAACUACCGGCGAUCUACACCACCACCCAAUGAUUCACAUAAUUCUUCUACACAUUGGUCAACCAAAUCUACUGUUAAACGCCCUCACAGGUUGUCUACAUAUGCAGACAGUAAAUAUAAUCAUAAAUAUAAUGAUUAUGAUCAUGAUACGAAUCGCCGAUCUCGGAGUCCUAGUUAUCAUAGAUCAAAAUCGAAUUCAUCAUUUCGUGGGUAUCAUAGGUCGUCACCUACUUCAAAGUAUAGUUCUAAGGAAAGGCCUAAAUCUAGUUAUUCAAAUCAUCACCAUCGUUCAUCUGGUCACUCUCGCUCAAGAAACGUUAGGGAUAGAGGACGGCGCACACCUCGUCGUCGAAUAUAUGAUGAGGAGUCUCCGUACAGGUAUUCUUCCCGUCGGCAUCGAAAGAGUCCAUCAUAUAGUGACUCAGAUUGUUAUUACCAUAGUCGUCAUUAUCGUUCAUAUUCUAAUGAUUCUUCAGUAACUGGGACAGAUUCCAAUUCAUUCACGUCUAUCAAAGGUCGAAGGGAUUGUCACCAUUCAAAUAUAAAGAAGAGAAGAGAGCGACAUCCGUCUAAAUCACAGCAAUCAGAACGGAGUUCGCACCAAGCAGCUCAGCAUAGAAAAAAUAAUUAUGUCGAAAUAAAGUCGGAACAUUCCAAAGAAAAUAUUGAUCAGUGUCAAAGCCACAACUGUAUUGACAAUGAGAAUAAUAGUGACAAGAUUAUUAUUAGUAAUAGUAAUAAUAACGAUAAUAAUAAUAAUAAUAAUAAUAAUCGAACAAGUUUGAAUAGUAGUGAUAACAAAAGCCAGGAUUCAAUUGGCAACACUAAUCAAUAUAAGAAUCUCAAUAUUAAUGAUAAUAAUAAUAACAAUAAUAAUACACCUGUUGUCUGUAACACAAGCAUCGAUCCAAUCACCUCAACGGAUUUACCAUCAAUAAAUUUUACCAAACCUGUUGUUGAUGAAAACGAAGAAGGUGAAGUAAUAGAUGACGAUGAUGAUGGAGAUGACUGUGACAAUGUCAAUGAAGAAUUGAUGCAAGGCAAACACCAUAUUAACAUCAGUACUUGUCGUAAAUCUGAAAAUCGGCAAAUAACACACUCAUCUCGAGAUAGAGAACAUUUUAAAACACGGGAUAAAGCGACCACUAGUCAUAGUGUAAGUACCCCACGUAAGAAUAGUGAUAAGAAAGAAGAGCAGGAAGAAGACGAAGACUCAUCAGUUGAUCCAAGUUCAUUUCAGCGCUUACAAGUUGGCUAUAUUUUGAAUCACUUAGCUAAACACGGGAAUGUAGAACCCGAACCUAAUAUUGAUGCUGAUCGGCAAGCAAUUAUCUCAAUCGAUAGUUCACAAAGUGUUUCUCGUGAUGAAGAUGAGUAUAAACUGAUAGACGAGACAUUCAAUUCUACAGAAUUAUCAGAUUAUUCUAUUCAAGAGAGUGAAGUGUCUUUAGAGGACGAAGAUAUGCGACAAUAUGACCACCGAUCUGUAAAACAUUACGGUAACUUCUAUCCAUCUAAUGUGUAUCGUCAUAUGCUACGUACACGUCGUAUACAAAGAAAAAAGAAUGAUGAUUCAUUCUCGGAUCGCGACGAUGAAAUUUUCAAUGGUCAUAAAGAGGACACUGAUUAUCGACGACCUCCAGCAAACUGGUCUAGUGAGCGUCAUCAUCGUCGUCCUUCACUACUAGGCACUUAUGUAGAUUCAUCAACAUCCAGUGGUUCUGAAUCUCAGCCUCGUUAUUCAUUUUAUCGACCAAGAGGAUCAAAUUCUAAUUUUCCUAAGACCAGUCGUAAAGGAGCAUAUUCUCCACGUUCUUCAUCAUUGUUGCCUGACGAUGAUAUCAAUAGACAUAAUCUACCACGUUUUCAAGAUAUAUCAUCUUCAUCGAAUACUUUUCAUCAACCUUCUUUAGAAUAUCGUCCUGAGAUUGCUCCAUAUUAUCAUAAUAAAUCCAGAGAUCAACCUUUACUUGGUCCACCUUGUAUACCUAUUAUCCCAUGUGUAAAUUCUACCAUCUCUCCUACCCCUAAUCCCGGUCUACUUCCUAUGACUGUUAGAUAUCCUCCUCCUCCUCCUCAACUUAAUUCAACUGUUCCACCUACACAUUUAUGGUCUUCAAUGCAUCCAUUCUAUUCUCAACCUGUGAAUAUUUACAAUCAACCAUCAAAACCUUGGCAAUGA